CCUGUUAUCAGAGAAACAGUGGCCGGGUACCCGGGACCAAUUAUCAUGCAGGCCAGAGUUCUAAAGUCUUUACCUUUUCUUCUUCUUCUUCUUCAUUUUCUUCUUCAUCACGAUCUUCACAAUCUUGAGAGUUUUCAGAGUCCGAGUCUUUCGUCGUUUCAUUUCCGGCCAGUAAACGUUUCUCCGAUAAAAAUUACGAGACUGCCCGAUGAUUCCAAAGUGUCUUUCCUUGUUAUCGUGUCGUUCACAUGGCAAUUAAAAAACUUUAGCCAAGAAGGAAAAAGAAGAUAAAACAAGAGAUACGUCUUGCAUCUUACUCUCUCAACGAUCUGAUUAUUUAUACAAGUAUUUAUUAAGUUUUUUCUUUGUAAUGUGUUUUGUUGAUUUUACGAUAUAUUAUCUAUAUGUAUAUCUUUCCAUCGGAUCUCUCAUUUUCAUCUACUCGAAUUAUUCUAAUUUGCUUUUAACAUUUGCAUGAGAAAACGAUCGAAUUUGUUUUAAAGAGAGAUAUACAUGUUUUCUGUGAAGAUCGAACUAAUUUCUACCGAAGAUAUCUUCGUUAUUUCUUUAUCAUUUCGAGAUCAAGAUUUGGAAGUUUCAAGAUAUGCCGUUCGAUACGGAUUUUAAUUAUUUGUGAUAGAAUUUGUGAAAAUGUCAAGUCAAGUGUGUUAUUUUAAACGAAUUAGACGUGAUCGUCUCUUCUAAUCGAAAUCGAAAUAUGUUAACGAGCUUUUUUUGGAGUUAUGAAGGAAAUUCGACGAUUGUUGUUACGGGUGGUCGGAGCGGUGGUCGUCGGCGCAGCAGUUUGUGGGCGAAUUCCGGGAUUGGCUAAGAGUCAAAGAGAACAGUGCAGAAAGGCGCCACACGCGAUGCCUGCUGUCGGUGAGGGUGCUGAGCUCGGUCUUCGAGAAUGCCGACAUCAGUUUAGACAUCACCGAUGGAACUGUUCUCACGUUGCCAACGAUCAGAUCUUUGGUCAUGUCGUCGUAGUAGGAAGCAGAGAAGCAGCUUUCACGUACGCGAUAAGCUCGGCUGGAGUUACAUACGCGGUAACCGCAGCUUGCAGUCGCGGCAAUAUCACGGCUUGCGGUUGCGAACCGGCUAUAAGCAGGACGAGAAAGGAAUUACCUCCGAAUGGUUGGGAAUGGGGAGGUUGCAGUGCAGAUGUCACUUAUGGAAUGAGGUUCGCACGUAGGUUCCUAGAUGCAAGAGAGAUCGAAGGUGAUGCUAGAAGUCUGAUGAAUCUUCAUAACAAUAAAGCUGGAAGGAAAAUCGUGAAAGCUCUUCUUCAAACAGAAUGUAAAUGCCACGGAGUAUCUGGUUCCUGUACCGUGAAAACUUGUUGGAGAACAUUACCCAGUUUUCGUCAGAUCGGUGAUGCUCUUAUGAAAAAAUAUUAUCGAGCUAAGGCGGUCGUUGCUAUCACGCCUCCACCACCGCCCACAAUCCAAAGUUCUGAGAGCAUAUCACACUCAACUACAGCAGAAAUAACACCUAUUCUUGGUAACGAUGCAAAAACUCAAGGGAAACCAACUGAUUUUAUAAAAUCUCAUCGUGAUCGACAAUCUUCCAAAAAAAUGAACAGCGGUGUUAAACCAAGGAGAGCACAUUUGGUAUUAAAAAGAAGUAAAGUUAAUACCGGCGGAAGUAUGAUGGGAUCGAAAAGAAUUCCAAAAAGAAGCGAACUGGUCUUUCUUCAACCCUCGCCGAAUUAUUGCGAGCCGGAUUUAGCUUUGGGUAGUUUGGGUACACAAGGCAGAUAUUGUAAUCGAACGAGUAAAGGAACCGAUGGAUGUGAUUUGAUGUGUUGUGGUCGUGGUUAUAACACGCAUCAAUUUACUAGAACUUGGCAGUGUAGAUGUAAAUUUCAUUGGUGCUGUCAUGUACAUUGUGACACGUGUACCGAACGUACGGAAGAAUACACUUGCAAAUGAUGUAAAUAUUUACUUCUCGAGAAAAAAUUUUCCUUAUGUAAGUGUGUUACAGAAAAAUAUUGAACAAAUAUCGACUGAUCGAUGAUAUUACAUUUUAUUGUCGUUCAGGUAAUCUCUCUGAUACAUUAUAUAGCCUAAUCAUUGAAAUCCUCGCAAAAAAGUAUACAAGUGAGAUUUACAUGUAUAGGUACAUUAACUAAAAAUUAGUUUAAGAAAAUUUACAAAAAGAUUUACUGAUGAAAUAGAACUUAGUUCUCUAGCACUAUGUGGUUGUAUCUUCUCAAACUCAAUCUUAGAACAAUAUCGCAUCAGUUUAUUGCAGUAUAAUUGAGCUAAGAAAUGUUACAAUUUUAAAUGUUAUUAUAUUAGGAAUGAAAAUUAGACAUCUCUCUCUUUUUCUCUUUCUUACUCUUAGAUACAUUGCAUAAAUUAUUAUUUAUUUUUUAUUAUAGAUGGACUAUACUCAUGUGUGUGUGUGUGCGUGUGUGUGCGUGUUUGUGUAUAAUUAUAUGUGUACAUACACUUAUAAUUAAUGUACUUACCAAUUACUAAAUUUUUCGAUGUAUUUGUGACACACAGACAUUGUCAUAUGAUUUUAUUGAAGCUUUUACCAUGAUUGUAAAACAUUAAAAGGUUCAAUAAACUAAUAAAUUAAAUUAGAAAUGUCGGGUAUAUACCCGUACGUAAAUAGGACGUAUACCUGGAACAAAUACGUAUACCUGAAAAAGCCAGUUAAAUAGAAAAAUCUUUAACACACUGCCGAAUCUAUUCCUGUGGUGGGGAAAACCAAUAUAUAAAUGGUAAAUUUUCUUCAGCCAUUUACCAGUCAUUCUCAAAUUUUCAACUGAGACACAUCGUGCCAGGUUCAUACUUUGGUUGCUUCUAUCAAAUAGUAUAUUCCAGUAUAUCUAAUAUACUACGAUAAUAGUACGCUACAUAGUUUCCGUGAAAAAAGAAGUAAACAUAUAUCAAUUAUCAAACAUGAACGGAAUAUUGGCGGACUAUCCUCUCCUACCAAACAAUGAGAAUGAAUAUCAAGAAGAAAUUUUACAAUUAACGCUACCACGACUACCGUCAAAUUAUAUGUGGUUAGCGGUUCUUUGCACUUGCAACAGACACCAAGUGCACUUUCCAGUACCAAUUGAACAUCCGAUUCAUCACGUUGGCCCUAGCUAUGUUAGCAUUAAUGACAGAUUACCUAUCGAAUCUGAUCUACCGAUUAGACUAGAAGAAAGAGAGCCAGAUGCUGUAAGACGAGAGUACCGACGGAGACGAUACUUUCAACAUAUAGAAUUCCAA